AUGAUGCAUCGUGCAAGGGCUGUUUUCGCAAUAACACACAAGGCUGGCAACGGAGAACGAUUUGCUUCAUGGCUUCUUAACAAACCACAGGCAGCCGCUGUGACAGUAAAUGCCAAUAGGCUGAAAAGUUCGACAGCGGCUGAACCCUUUCUCAAUGGCUCCAGCUCAGCAUACGUAGAGACCAUGUACAAUGCAUGGUUAACAGACCCCAACUCAGUACACGCGUCGUGGGAUGCGUUUUUCCGCAAUGCGACAAACGGUGCUCAACCUGGCGCGGCAUACACUCCUCCACCGAACCUCGCUCCUUACUCUAAAAAUGAAGUUCCCCUCAAUUCUCUAGUGCCUGCUGGCGGCGGAAUGCCAUCCAUUUCUGCAGGUUCGCCGAUUAACGAGAAGAUCAUUGAUGACCAUCUCGCUGUACAGGCAAUCAUAAGGAGUUAUCAGUCUCGUGGUCACCUAGUGGCGCACUUAGAUCCAUUGGGGAUCUCAACUGGAGACCCAGCGUCCAGUGGCGAAUGGCAUGGCGGUUUACGUGCCUUUGCUAGCGAAGCUGUCAUUAGAGAACACGUCAGAUUCGAUGAGGCUGACAUGGACAGGGUAUUUAAAUUGCCAUCCACUACAUUUAUUGGCGAGAAAGAGAAAGCACUGCCUUUAAGAGAGAUCCUGAACCGUUUAGAGCAGGCGUACUGUAACAAUAUUGGUAUCGAGUUCAUGUUUAUCAACUCUUUGGAACAAUGCAAUUGGAUCAGACAACGUAUGGAGCCCCCCAAUGUAACGAAAAUGAGCAACGAUCAGAAGAGAUUAAUCCUAGCUCGUCUCACCAGAUCUGCCGGAUUUGAGAAUUUCCUGGCGAAGAAAUGGUCUUCGGAGAAACGUUUCGGCUUGGAAGGUUGCGAGAUUUUAAUUCCUGCCAUGAAACAAGUCAUUGACGUCUCCACUAAACUUGGUGUUGAGUCAAUCAUCAUGGGCAUGCCACACAGGGGUCGUCUAAAUGUCUUGGCUAAUGUUUGCCGAAAGCCACUUCAUCAACUAUUUACCCAGUUUGCUGGCCUCGAAGCUGAAGAUGACGGUUCUGGUGAUGUAAAAUAUCACUUGGGUACCUACAUUGAGCGUUUGAACCGUGUGACGAACAAGAACAUUCGCUUGGCUGUAUGCGCCAACCCCUCGCACUUGGAGGCUGUUGAUCCCGUCGUGCAGGGCAAAACGAGGGCUGAGCAAUUUUACAGAGGCGACAAUGAGGGAAAGAAGGUCAUGUCUAUCCUGCUUCACGGUGACGCAGCGUUCGCUGGCCAAGGUGUAGUGUUCGAGACCAUGCACUUGUCGGACUUGCCCGCUUAUACCACACACGGAACUAUCCAUAUCGUCGCUAACAACCAGAUCGGAUUCACUACUGACCCCAGGCACUCCCGAUCUUCGGCUUACUGUACAGACGUGGCCCGCGUGGUGAACGCGCCGAUCUUCCACGUGAACGGCGACAACCCCGAGGCGGUGAUGCACGUGUGCAACGUGGCGGCCGAGUGGCGCGCCACCUUCCACAAGGACGUCGUCAUCGACAUCGUCAGCUACCGCCGCAACGGACACAACGAGGUCGACGAGCCCAUGUUUACUCAGCCUCUCAUGUACCAGAAGAUCCGCAAUACCAAGCCCGUGUUGGAGAAAUAUGCCGAUCAACUUAUCGCCGAGGGUGUAGUAACCGCUGAAGAAGUAAAGGAUGUUAAAGACAAGUACGACAAAAUUUGUGAAGAUGCUUACAAUCAGGCUAAACAGGAAACUCACAUCAAGUACAAGGACUGGCUCGAUUCGCCCUGGUCCGGCUUUUUCGAGGGCAAGGAUCCACUUAAGAUGUCCACUACAGGCGUGGUUGAAGAGACUCUCGUCCACAUCGGCAGAAGGUUCUCAUCUCCUCCUCCUAACGCUGCCGAAUUCGAAAUCCACAAGGGUCUGCUGCGUAUCCUCAAGGCUCGCAUGGAGAUGGUGGAGAACCGCACCGUGGACUGGGCGCUUGCCGAGGCGAUGGCUUUCGGCUCCCUGCUCAAGGAGGGCAUUCACGUGCGUCUGUCCGGUGAAGACGUCGAACGUGGUACUUUUUCUCAUAGACAUCAUGUGCUUCACCACCAGAAGGUAGACAAGGCCACUUACUGCCCGUUGGCUCACCUCUACCCUGACCAGGCCCCUUAUACCGUGUGCAACAGCUCACUUUCUGAAUAUGGUGUGCUGGGCUUCGAGGUGGGAUAUUCAGUGACCAACCCCAACGCUCUUGUGCUUUGGGAGGCGCAGUUCGGUGACUUUAACAACGUAGCGCAGUGCAUCAUCGACCAGUUCAUCUCCAGCGGACAGUCCAAGUGGGUGCGCCAGUCCGGCAUCGUGCUGCUGCAGCCGCACGGCAUGGAGGGCAUGGGGCCCGAGCACUCCUCCGCCAGGCUCGAGAGGUUCUUGCAGAUGAGCGCUGAUGACCCAGAUUAUAUGCCACCAGAAAGCACUGAUUAUGAAGUGCGGCAGCUGCACGACGCCAACUGGAUCGUGGCGAACUGCUCGACGCCCGCGUCGCUGUUCCACAUCCUGCGGCGGCAGAUCGCGCUGCCCUUCCGCAAGCCGCUCAUCCUCAUGACGCCCAAGUCGCUGCUGCGCCACCCCGAGUGCCGCUCCUCCUUCGACGAAAUGAAGGAGGGCACUACCUUCAAAAGGGUAAUACCAGAUGAUGGCCCAGCUUCACAAUCCCCCCAGAACGUUCGCAAAUUAGUGUUCUGCUCAGGCCGUGUGUACUACGAUCUAUUGAAGCACCGCCGCGACAAGGGACUCGAGAAGGACAUUGCUAUAGCACGAGUCGAGCAAAUCUCUCCAUUCCCGUACGACUUGAUCAAGUCUGAGAUAGCGAAGUACCCUAACGCGCAGUUGGUGUGGAGCCAGGAGGAACACAAGAACAACGGCUCCUGGAGCUACAUCGAGCCACGCUUCAGGACGUUACUGCAGAACCAGAAACAGAUACACUACAACGGGCGUGCGACCGCCGCCUCUCCGGCCACGGGCUCCAAGGCCGCUCACAACAAGGAGUUGAGGAAUCUCCUGGAAGAGUUCUGCGUAUUAUAA